AUGUACACGCGUGACCCCUCUCCCUGUACCACCCCACCGCCUGCCCAGGUGUCCAUGAAAGACCUUGCUGAGGCGCUGAAGGCCAUGCCCCAGCAUCAGGAGAUGAUGGCCAAGUUCACGCUGCACCUGGGGAUGGCUGAGAAGUGCAUGGGGCUCUACGACCAACUCAACCUAGACGCCAUCUGCAACACGGAACAGGACAUGGCUAUGGGCGUAUCUGCGGAAGGGCAACGUAUUGCCAACCACAUCCCCUCAAUUGUAAACAUCUUAUCGAACACAAAGGCCGACAACGACUCCAAGCUGCGCCUGCUGAUGGUGUACGUGACUAUCAAGGGGGGUAUCUCGGAAGGCGAUCUGAACAAACUCGCCGCCCAGGCCGGUCUUACUGAC